UUUAGGGUUAAAUUUUGCUUCUGUUUUAGUAAAAUAAUUUGCAUGCUGGUAUAGCCAUAUAUAUUUAGUGUUGUUGUUGUACAGGUAUCUAUUCCUGACUUCCUGAAGUGGAUACCAGCGAUGAUGUUGGCAACAUACCAAACUCUGUGCCCGAAAGUUUAUGGCUUCUUGUUCAAGAAGAGACAAGCAGAGAUCAUCCUUUUUCUCAGACUUCCAGGGCAAGAUGAGAAGUCUCUGAGAAAGUAUCUGGAGUGGUGCAAAGGAGAUAUGGAUGUUCUCAAAGACAUAACGGCCCAGCUGUUCACUGAAAUCAGUCGCUGGCACAACCAGGGGGUGGCCAACCUUGGCAUUACAUUGGGCACCGUUUAUGUCUGCCAGGAUAAUUUUACCAGUGUUGUCUGGGGUGAUCUCAGCUGUCCAAAAUUUCGAGGAUGUGAAGGCUUUGACAACGGAAAAUUCAGAGAUGUUGAUAAUGCGAGAAACCUGAUCAUGUCUUAUUUGGAGAGGAUACAUCUGAGGAGUCCACUGUAUUGUGCCCUUCAGACCCCUAACAACUCAGCCACAAGGAUUGCUUGGAACAUUUUGGGGUUAAAGAUUACACAGGAGAUUUCCUACAAUCAAGUAACAGAUGCGCCAUGUUUUGAGCCCAUGCGGCAGUAUCCGGAGGGCCUUUUGUCUGUAGCACACCCUCCGUCUAUGGCUGGGAACGAAUUAGGCGGAGCAGAAGGCCAGGAAGACUUUGUCUGAGGAUUUGACAUAAAUAUCAGAACAACUACAAUUGUACAAUUACAAAAUGGGAAGACUUUUUCUGGGGAUUUGACAUAAAUGUCAUCAUAACAAUUACAAGUAUACAGUUACAAAAUAGGAAGAGUUUGCCUGCCUAGGGAUUUGACAUAAAUGUCAUCAUAACAACUACAAUUAUACAAUUACAAAAUAGGAAGAGUUUGCCUGCCUAGGGAUUUGACAUAAAUGUCAUCACAACAACUACAAUUAUACAAUUACAAAAUAGGAAGAGUUUGCCUGCCUAGGGAUUUGCCUGCCUAGGGAUUUGACAUAAAUGUCAUCACAACAACUACAAUUAUACAACUACAAAAUAGGAAGAGUUUGCCUGCCUAGGGAUUUGCCUGCCUAGGGAUUUGACAUAAAUGUCAUCACAACAACUACAAUUAUACAACUACAAAAUAGGAAGAGUUUGCCUGCCUAGGGAUUUGACAUAAAUGUCAUCACAACAACUACAAUUAUACAAUUACAAAAUAGGAAGAGUUUGCCUGCCUAGGGAUUUGCCUGCCUAGGGAUUUGACAUAAAUGUCAUCACAACAACUACAAUUAUACAACUACAAAAUAGGAAGAGUUUGCCUGCCUAGGGAUUUGACAUAAAUGUCAUCACAACAACUACAAUUGUACAAUUGCAAAAUAGGAAGACUUUGUCUGGGGAUUUGACAUAAAUGUCAUCAUAACAAUUACAAGUAUACAGUUAGGAAAUGACAGGUUUAAGUGUGAAAUAAUCGUGUCAGAAAUAUAAUAAAGCAAUUACACGGAA